AUGACUGAGCGAGACGAGUCACGUUCAUACGGUCUCAUGCCCUGCCGUGCACUCACAGUGUUUGAGCAGGUAGCCUUCGAAUGGAGCCACGGGGCGGAUGAAGCUGUUGAAAGGGUCAGGCCAGACCGAGCUCAGCAGAGUUCGGGGGCUGGGGAUCAGCUUCCCGAUGAGAAGGCUCGGAAGAAGCUCAAGGACUUGGCCUUCGGCAGCCGAAGACCUGUCAGCCUCGGAGGUCUCAGACACCAUGACAGCUGCGUCCUUGUGUUGGGGUUGGUCUUGAGCUCGGUCUUGAGCCUGCAACUCGGCAACCUUCUCACGCCGGGCCUUGGAGUUCCUAGCGGCAUGCGCUCGAACUUUCUUGCGGUGGUUGGCCGCCUCCGCUGGGUUGAAGAUAUGGACAAACUGAAAGCCGCCAGGCGCCCAUGGUUUACGAAUGGAUCACACCGAGAUGGAUGA